AUGGAGCACGCAGACCCAUUCCUACAAGUCCAAGCUGACGUCGUCUCAACCCUCCAAACCAGCCGCCCACUCUUCUCCUCAUACCUCCGCAUCCGCUCCCUCGCCAAAAGCCCCUCAAACCCAGAGCUCAAACAAGCCCGGGCCGAGCUCGAAGCAACCCUAACAGAGCUAACCGCCGACGUAAACGACCUCGUCGAGAGUGUGCGCGCAAUCGAACAAGAUCCCUACCGCUAUGGCCUGGAACUAGAAGAGGUGCAGCGGCGGCGCAAGCUAGUCGACGAUGUCGGCGACGAGGUAGAGAAGAUGCACCAGGAGCUGCAGCAGGCUGUGUCGAAGGCGGACGAUGCGCUGCCGAAUUCGACGGAGUUUGAUGCGGCGCUGGAAGAGGAGGAGCGUGGGCGUGGUGGCGAGGAUUAUUACGCUUCUAUGGAGCAGCAGCGGCAGUCGGAGCUUAUGCAUGAACAGGAUGAGCAGCUUGAUGGGGUUUUCCGUACUGUUGGCAAUUUAAGACAGCAGGCGGAUGAUAUGGGGAGGGAAUUGGAGGAUCAGGCUGUUAUGAUUAAUGAGGUUGAUACGCUUGCGGAUCGGGUUGGGGGGAAGUUGGCGAAUGGGAUGUCGAGGAUUAAGCAUAUCGUGCGCAAGAAUGAGGAUACAUGGUCCUCCUUCUGUAUCGCGACGCUCAUUUUCGUUCUCGUCUUAUUAUUAAUCCUCCUCAUUGCACUGUGA